AUCUCGCGAUAACGUCACAUCAGUGGCGGCUGUUUGGCCCCCUGUCUCAGUCCGGACCGAGUUGUUUCUGACGUUUGAAUGAAAAACAGUGCAAAUUACCUCCACUUUCGACCCAGGAAAUAAUGGCUUCAGCCUUGGAGCAGUUUGUGAACAAUGUGCGGCAGCUCUCCGCUCAAGGUCAGAUGACUCAACUGUGUGAGCUGAUCAACAAGAGUGGGGAGCUGCUGGCCAAAAAUCUGUCCCACCUGGACACGGUGCUGGGGGCUUUGGACAUCCAGGAGCACUCCCUUGGCGUGCUGGCUGUGCUAUUUGUAAAGUUCUCCAUGCCAAACAUCCCAGACUUUGAGACGCUCUUCUCCCAAGUUCAGCUUUUCAUCAGUACCUGCAACGGGGAGCACAUUAGAUAUGCAACAGACACUUUUGCUGGUCUCUGUCACCAGCUGACAAACGCCCUUGUAGAGCGGAAACAGCCAUUGAGGGGUGUCGUCGUUCUAAAACAGGCAAUAGACAAAAUGCAGAUGAACACAAACCAACUUACCUCAGUUCAUGCAGACCUGUGUCAGCUGUGUUUGUUAGCGAAGUGCUUCAAGCCAGCUCUACCCUUCUUGGAGGUGGACAUGAUGGACAUCUGCAAAGAGAAUGGAGCUUAUGAUGCAAAGCACUUUUUAUGUUACUACUAUUAUGGCGGCAUGAUCUACACGGGCCUCAAAAACUUUGAAAGAGCACUGUAUUUUUAUGAACAGGCAAUAACCACUCCAGCCAUGGCAGUGAGCCACAUCAUGUUAGAAGCGUAUAAGAAGUACAUCCUGGUGUCGCUCAUCCUCCACGGCAAAGUGCAGCCGCUGCCCAAAUACACCUCACAAAUAGUAGGGAGGUUCAUCAAGCCCCUGAGCAACGCAUAUCAUGAAUUAGCUCAGGUGUACACCACCAACAACCCGUCUGAGCUGCGCGGCCUGGUCAACAAACACAGCGAAACGUUCACGCGAGACAACAACACGGGCCUGGUCAAACAGUGCCUCUCCUCCCUCUACAAGAAGAACAUCCAGAGGCUAACCAAGACCUUCCUGACGUUGUCUUUGCAAGACAUGGCGAGUCGAGUGCAGCUUUCAGGUCCGCAGGAAGCAGAGAAAUACGUCUUGCACAUGAUUGAGGAUGGUGAGAUCUAUGCUAGCAUUAACCAAAAAGAUGGCAUGGUCUGCUUCCAUGACAACCCAGAAAAAUACAACAACCCUGCCAUGCUCCACAAAAUAGACCAAGAGAUGUUGAAAUGUAUAGAGCUGGACGAAAAGCUAAAGUCUAUGGAUCAAGAAAUUACAGUAAAUCCACAGUUUGUGCAGAAGAGUAUGGGAUCGCAGGAGGACGAUGUUGGUAGCAAAACGUCAAGUUAUUCAUGAGGGGCCUUGAGCAGGGACGGAACGCCACAGCCACCCAACACGUUCUUCCCGGGAUGAGUUGGAUUUUUUUUUAAAAGAGGAAAAAUAAACAACAAUCUGUUGCAUAAGGACAUUGGUCAAGGAAAAUCUAAUUGUGUGGAAUGAUGAUAAAUUUGGUUAUUCUUACUUCACCGUGUCUUAAGGAUAACAAAAGAUCCUUACAGAUAAAGGAAAAAAAAAACUUAGUUUUGUCAGUGUUUUAUUUAUCAAUGUUCAGGUUGGAGCGCCACUGCUGCAUUGACACAAACCACAACAAUAAAACUGGACUUAUCUGUUCCAAA